AUGGUUAAUAAUAAAAUAUUCAAUGCACUGGUUAGACGCAAACAAAUCGAUGUUGGACAGGUAGAUAAAAGUCAACUGGCCCGUGUACUAUCAUUAUUUGAUUUGACAUGUCUGGGAAUUGGCUCAACCCUUGGUCUGGGAGUAUAUGUAUUGGCCGGUGAUGUGGCCAGUCGUAACUCGGGUCCAUCGGUUUGCAUAUCAUUUUUAAUAGCUGCUAUCGCAUCGGUAUUUGCCGGUUUAUGUUAUGCCGAGUUUGGUUCACGUGUGCCACGUGCCGGGUCGGCCUAUAUCUACUCCUAUGUAACCGUUGGCGAGUUUAUGGCAUUUGUUAUCGGCUGGAAUCUCAUACUUGAAUAUGUUAUAGGUACAGCAUCGGUAGCACGCGGCUACUCCGGCUAUAUUGAUGCCCUAUUCAACGGUACAAUUGCCGAACACUUUGAACGUUGGUUACCCAUCAAUAUGUCGGGUAUGUCCGCCUAUCCGGACGUCCUAUCGUUUUGUUUGACUAUACUGUUGGCCGGUCUGUUGGCUUUCGGUGUCAAAGAGUCGGUCCGUUUGGGGACCGUAAUGACUUGUGUUAAUCUAUUGGUCGUUGUGUUUGUCAUCAUAGCCGGCUGUUUUCAUAUUGAUUUUCAUAACUGGAAUAUAUCGGAAAAAGAGAUCCAUGAGCUGACUGUUCCCAACUAUAAGGCACACGCAGGUAGUGGCGGUUUUUUACCGUUUGGCUUCUCCGGUAUGAUGUCGGGAGCGGCCACUUGUUUUUACGCAUUUGUCGGUUUCGACGCCAUUGCCACCACCGGCGAGGAGGCGAAAAACCCUAAGCGGGCCAUACCGUUGAGUAUUGUCAUCUCAUUAACCCUAAUAUUUCUAUCGUAUUUCGGUGUCUCAGCCGUCCAGACACUGAUGUUGCCCUACUAUAUGCAAAGCAAUGAGGAUACUAAAGGUGCUCCACUGCCCUAUAUUUUCGACCAUAUUGGCUGGCAAUGGGCCCGUUGGACAGUAUCUAUAGGUGCCCUAAGCGGACUGUCCACCAGCUUGUUGGGUGCAAUGUUUCCUCUGCCGCGUAUAAUGUAUGCCAUGGCCAGCGAUGGCCUGAUUUUCCGAUUUCUGGCCACUGUUCACCAAAGGUCGCAAACACCGCUCUAUGCGACCAUAAUUGCCGGCCUGUUUGCCGGCGUAAUGGCCGCACUGUUCAACAUUACCGAGUUGGCCGAUAUGAUGUCCAUCGGCACUCUAUUAGCUUAUACAUUGGUUGCUGAAUCUAUUUUAAUUAUUAGGUAA